AUGCCGAAGGUGUUCAGAUAUCUGAAAACGGCCCUUGCGCCAAACAUCGGAAACGCACAACCACGGGAGUCUGUCGACAACAGUAAUGCGUCGCGCAAAGCAUCCUUCACAUCUUCGGCCGACGAUGCAUGGCUGCCAGACUUUGAUCCGCUUACGAUUUCGGCCUUUGAGCUUUCUGAACUCAUGAAUGCACAAGCUCUCACGAGUGUACAGAUUGUGCGGUUGUAUUUGAAGGAAAUUGAACAGCACAACAGAAGAGGAAGACAGUUACGUGCAUUGAUUUCGGUCGCGCCAAAGCAUGAAGUGAUCAAGAUGGCUAGGAAGCUGGAUGAUGAGCGGGCAAGAGGCAAGAUAAGAGGCCCAUUACAUGGUAUCCCGAUAGUGUUGAAAGACAAUAUCAUGACCGAUGAGAAGCUAGGCAUGGAUACCACAGUUGGAUCGUACGCUUUCGUAGGAUGCAUACCCAAGAAAAGCGCAACAAUUGUCGAAAGACUGAUCAAACGCGGCAUGAUCAUCAUCGGAAAAUCGAACCUGACUGAAUUCUGCGGUCUCAAGAACCCUUCUAUGCCUCCUGGAUGGUCAGCAGUCGGUGGACAGUGUCAGUCGCCGUAUGUCUCAAGACACAUCGCGAAAAGAAAGCUACACUGGGAGCUUUCCGCACCGGGAGGAUCAUCAACUGGAUCUGCAGUCGCAGUAGCCUCAGGUUUCAGCACCCUGGCCAUCGGAACAGACACCAUCGGAUCGUUAAUCACGCCCGCAAACCGAGCCGCGCUCUACGCUCUGAAACCAACAGCUGGGCAGAUACCAAUGGACGGCAUCUUCAACCUGAGCAAGACAUUCGACGCCGUCGGAGGCAUGGCCAAAUCAGCAAAAGACCUCGUAGCGCUAAUGGACGCCAUGAUGGUUCCCACCAACCGCGAAGAACACGCAAGCAGUCCACACAGAUCGUUCAAGAUCAAGCCGGAUUUCGGGACGCUCCGCAUCGGUAUCUGCGAGCCGAGUAUUUGGAAGGCGUGGCGUAAAAGCGGGCGGAUCAAUGCUGACGCCGAGCGAUUCAUGACGCAGAAAUACGAUAUGAUUGUUCAGAGCAUGAUCGAGAUGGGUGUUGAUGUCGUGUAUCCGGUGGAGUUGCCGAACCAAUCGAGUUUGACGAUUGAUGGCAAGAACUGCUUUGAGCCUGUUGUUUACUCCGAGUUCAAAGAUUGUCUAGCAGAGUUCAUCCGCGACUUCAAAGUCACAAAGAUGCACUCGCUGGCCGAAAUUAUCAACUUCAACCUCGACCACCCCGAACUCUGCCUCCCACCCACCUGCCCCGACCAAAACGACCUAAUGGCCGCCCUCCAAUCCACAACCAAACGCGAAGAAGUAAACGCCGCACGCCAACACCUCCAAACCGCCGGCGGCCCCGAAGGCCUCGACUACCUCUUCACAACCCUCUCCCUCGACCUCAUCGUCGCCCCCGGCGACGCCCCCCUUUCCGCCCUCGCAGCCGCAGCCGGCUACCCCACCGCCGCCUGUCCCUUAUCCGCGCUCAAACUAAACGGCCAACCCUUCGGCAUAACCCUCGCCUCACGCCCACACACCGAACACACCCUCCUCCACUUCCUGACCGCCUACGAAAACAUCUUUCCGCCCCGCGCGCUCCCCAUGCCGUUGAGUUCGGUGCCGCUCCAGGAUCCGCACCCGGAGCCGUUGCCUGAUCAGCCUAUUGUCGAUUUGAUAUUGCAUGAGUGGGAUACGAGGCGCUUUAGCUGUAGUGCGGAUGCGUUGGCGGAUUGGCUUAAUGCGAGAUGGCGGAAGAGUGGGUAUGAGUUGAGUGCGGAGACGGUUUGUGAGGUGCUGAGGAGUAAUGGGCGGAUUGCGUUUAGGGGGCUGGGGGAUGAUGCUGAGGGCGCGUUUUCGAGGUGA